GCAUUGGAUGUCACAGAGACAUGACUGGGGUCAUGGGGUUUUCAAAUUGGUAUAUUCUAACAGUUUCAUUUAUUUUAAUGUGAGAAUCAAGCAUGAACCCUUCUGCCAUUCCAUCAUUCAUGUACUGUACCACCACUGGGCCCCCCUUUGAAGUGUCUUGAGCAUCUCCUAUUUGGAGUUCGCAAGCUCCUCCCCUUCUGAGAUCUUGAGCAUCAGGAGCUUCUUACUGGUGGAAGGUUAUUAAAUUCCCAGCAUAAACUUUCUAACUCUGAUCACUCAGGGCAUCACUCAGCACAAGAGCUCACUGGAAGCAGGUUUCUUUUGGGUCACCGGUUCAGGCAAGCUACUUUGAACAGAGUGUGUUGAGUGACACCACCAGCAUGACCAAAAGCACUGGGGAGAAGCCGCGGUCGCGCAAUCGCGUGCAGCAGAUCCGAGAGGGAAUUCACCUGCAUUCCCUAAAGGCGAAGAAGAAAGUGGAGGACAUCACUAAAGAUGAUGUGAAGACCUUUCUGAGAAGAAAUGCUUUUGUGCUCUUAACCAUUGGAGCUGUGGUCUUUGGUAUCAUGCUGGGUUUUGCUUUGCGGUCAUAUAAAAUGUCAUACAGAGAAGUGAAGUAUUUCUCCUUUCCUGGCGAGCUGUUGAUGCGUAUGCUGCAGAUGCUAGUGCUUCCCCUUCUAAUCUCAAGUUUGAUUACAGGCAUGGCAGCAUUGGACAGACGGGCCUCUGGAAAGAUGGGCAUGCGUGCAGUCAUAUACUAUAUGACCACCACUUUCAUCGCAGUGUUCAUCGGCAUCAUUAUGGUUCUGAUUAUCCACCCGGGCAAAGGCUCAAAGGAUGAAUUCGCUAAACAGCAGAAGAUCCAGCAGGUCAGCCCAGCCGAUGCCUUUCUUGACCUCAUCAGAAACAUGUUUCCUCCCAAUCUGGUUCAGGCCUGCACUCAACAGUUUAAGACCCAAUAUGGCAAGAGGGUCAUUUACGUGAAGAUCAUAAAUGAUUCGAUAUUCAACCUAACUAACGCUACCCAGGAGAUUGCCCAAGAGGAGGUGAUCCCUCUCUCGGGCACCACCAGCGGGGUCAAUGCCCUCGGGCUGGUGGUGUUUUCAAUGUUCUUCGGCUUGAUCAUUGGGAAUAUGAAGGAACAGGGACAGGCUCUCAGAGACUUCUUCAACUCCCUCAACGAGGCCAUCAUGCGACUUGUUGCUAUUAUUAUGUGGUAUGCACCUAUUGGUAUCCUCUUUCUGAUUGCUGGUAAAAUCGUGGAGAUGGAUGACAUCACUCAAAUGGGUGGUCAGCUCGGCAUGUAUACGGUUACGGUGAUAAUCGGCCUCAUGAUACACGGCAUGAUCGUUCUGCCGACUUUGUUCUUCGUCAUCACGCGGAAGAACCCCUUCGUCUUCAUCACGGGUUUGCUGCAGGCCCUCAUCACAGCUCUUGGUACCUCUUCCAGCUCAGCCACUCUUCCAGUUACCUUCAAAUGCCUAGAGGAGAAUAACAAAGUCGAUAAACGCGUGACUCGAUUCGUGCUGCCUGUUGGAGCCACGAUCAACAUGGAUGGAACAGCGCUGUAUGAAGCCCUGGCAGCCAUCUUUAUCGCGCAGGUUAACAACAUGGAAAUGAACUUUGGGCAGAUCAUAACCAUUAGCAUCACAGCGACUGCUGCAAGCAUCGGGGCGGCCGGCAUCCCUCAGGCUGGUCUGGUCACCAUGGUUAUUGUGCUGACCUCCGUCGGACUCCCGACCGAUGACAUCUCCCUCAUCAUUGCAGUUGAUUGGUUCCUUGAUCGACUCCGCACAACAACCAACGUCCUGGGAGACUCUAUAGGAGCUGGAAUCAUAGAGUUCCUGUCCAAAGAUGAGCUUCAGAACUGCGAUGUGGAGUUGGGGAGCUCAGUCCUGGAGGAGAAUGAAGUGAAGAAACCUUAUCAGGUGAUCCGUCAGGAGAACGAAUAUGAGAACGAGAAACUGCAAGACAGCGAGACCAAGAUGUAGAGAAUGCAUAAUCAACCCCCAACCAAGGAUUUGUUGUGUGUUUGUAUAUGUACAGUGGCCCUAAAAAUAUAUUAACACUUAAGAUACACUUAAAAAUAUAGGAAUUUCAUUGCUUUUAAUGAGAAAAUAUCAAAUUAAAUGGCAUUUAUUUCAAGGAAAUAUAGUAUAAGUAUGGUAUUUAAGCAUUUGGACACUUUCUGGUUGUCAAACUUGGAAUAAUAUUCAUAAUUAUGGAUAUGAACUACACUUAACUUCAUGCAUUCACAAAAAUGACUAAAAAAGUGAGAUCAGUUUUGAGAAAAGCUAUAAGUUGUUGCUUGGUUUGAUAUUUAGCUCUUUACAGUAUGCAAUAAAAUUAAUAUGUUUUUGAAGUGUUGAUUAAGUGUCUAAAUAUUUUAAGGGGCAUUGUAUAUGUAUAUUUACUUUUGAUUUUGAAUAUUUCAUUUUCAAACUUCUUUUGACCUUUUACUGUAAUUUUGUUUUUGUGCUUUUGUCUCGUGUCUCCAGGUCAUACCGAUUAUUACAUUGAUUUGACAGGAGAGUUUUACCUUGACAAAAUUGUUUUUAUUUUUCAUUAUUUUAAUAAUUAGCUGAAAUGUGAAUCUAUGUGGAGGGCAUUGGUAUGUUGGUGACAAGCGUUUGUUACAUGCGCUAUAAUACAAGCAGCAAGAUUUAAACCGUAAGAGUGUUAAGAAUGAGCAGGGUCAUGAGUCAUGACUGAACUGAUUUUAAGCAGAAAUGAAUGUCAGUAAAUUAUUCAUCUGAUGAA